AUGAUCUGGAACUUCCUGAAAGACUAUGCUCCAACGUUCACGGAAGAUGACCCCAAAGCCUCGACCUUCCACCACGCAGAGUUCGCGAACAUUGCCCGACGCACUACCAUCGGCUCGCAUAUGCGCUUGAGCAGAAGGCUGCUAUACGCCAUGCAUGUAGAGAACCUAGCCGGCAGGACGAUGGCUGGAGAGAUGUGGCCAGCUACUGCAGCACUACAUCAUGGCCUGAAAGCUGUCUACGCACCCCAUCCUGUCUGGAAAGACCGUAAAUGGCCCGGCUGGUACCUUGACGCGGCCCUCAACGCGCAGCGUGACAAAGAAGCGCAGUGGGGCCAGAGAAGCGAUAGCAUCUGGAUUUACGAUCGAUCGCAUAAUCUUGCAGGCACGACAUGGUUUGUGGAAGCUGGGUUUGCGAAGACGCUGUAUCAGCGAUGGUUGGAGAUGCGGCGUAUUGAUCCGAGUCCGGUGGCGUAUAUUGGAGGGCAAGAGUGGGAAGAUCGUGGGUAUUUGGUCGAUCUACCGACUGAGGAUGGGAAGGAGGCGGUGACUGUCGUCGGUGGGGGAGAGGGAGGAUGUAUUUGCCGCCGAUGCUGCUUAGUCCGGUGA